GUCUGGUUCCAGAACCGGCGGGCCAAAUGGCGUAAGCGUGAGAAGUGUUGGGGCCGCAGCAGCGUCAUGGCAGAAUACGGUCUGUACGGUGCCAUGGUCCGACACUCCAUCCCUCUGCCAGAGUCCAUCCUGAACUCCGCCAAGAACGGCAUGAUGGGAUCCUGCGCGCCCUGGCUGCUCGGUAUGCACAAGAAGUCCCUGGAAAUGUCCAAGAAGUGUUCUAGCCCUCUUGCGUCGGACUCGACACGUUCUGACAUGUUCUGCGACACGGCAGAGCAGCAAGCCAGUGAGGCUCAGGAGGAGCUUCUGGAGGAAGAGGAUGUAGAGGAGGAGGUGGCCAUUGACUUGUCAAGCUCCUCCAAGCAACAGCAGGAAGAGGGUGGGGCUUCCACAAGGACCACCCCCUCACCACAGCUGGAGAGCGGCAAAGAACCAGACAAGCACAGCUGAAGGUGGGAGGAGCCUAUAGAGGUUUGAAAACUGUGAUAAUACUGGAAUGUGAUUGGCUCUUGAUUCAGGGAGCUCAGCCAAUGAACAAACAGCUGUAACUUUUGUUGCUAUGCAAAGUUUACAAACUAAAAUGUACAAAAUAAG